GCACAAACGAAUGUUCUUCAAUGCAGUGUUUCUCCCGAAACUAAUGUUUAUCUGUUGGUUUAAGCCGUGUGAAAAUAUCUAUUUAUAUUGUUUAUAACAAAGAUACUUGCAAUGUCCAUUUUUAACGCGCACCAGUUUGUAGGUGCAUUGUGUAAACGUUAUAUAAUUUCACUGCCAUCAAUAAAUUUAUCUAGAACUCAAAAAAUUUUUAUUAUUUGUCUUACUGGAGGAUCAUUACUAUUAGGAGGACUAGCACAGUUUUUAAAGAGACGUAGAAGAUGUCCUCGUCCUUCUUCAAGAAGAACCCUAAGGGAGCUAAAACAAAGAUUUGCUGCUGCAAAGAGCUCUAAUUUUGAUGUAUUAUCGCAAGCAUCAUGGGCAAGAAAAAGUGAAGCUAGCAGCAAAAGUCAUAUAAGUGAUCGAGCAUCACUUAUAUCUUCUGUUCCAGGGGGUCCAGAUGGUGACAUAAAACUUACUCCACAACAGUAUGGGGUUCUUGGAUUGGAGGCUCUGGAAAAAGCUCUCUAUUGCUGGGAGGAUGCUCUUACGGCGUUCAGCUCUUCAUUCAGUAAUGGUACACUCGCAUUACCGUCGGCAGCGGAUGCGGCAUUUACGCAAGAUGUGCAAGAACUCCUUAACAUGGGUUAUCAAAUUCAGAACCGUGCAGAACUCCUUUUUAUCGACCAGCAUUCAGUAUUGUUCCGGAAUGAAGAUGAGGAAAGUAUAGAUAGCCACAAACCUUCGAACAUAGGUAGUAGGAUAUCCGGUAAGGAUAAAGCAGAUGCUGCGUCUUCUCCGGAAUCUUUUGAAUCUGCACGUGAUGGGGUAGCAGAUUUACGGGAAUUUGAAGAAUUCUCCGAAUUUUUCCCCCACUUUGAAAAACAAAAAUUAUAUCACGCUGCACUCAAACAACACGAAGACAAAAGCAUUUUGUGCAGACGGUUGCAUACAGAGUUAGUAAAGUGUGGCUCGGACAUAGAAUAUUUAGCAAAGGUACAUUGCUUGCGACAAGCGUAUACAAAAUUAUUCACUAUAUCUUCUGCCACAGAAUGGAUUGCGGACAUAGGCAGACAAGUCAUUAGUGAUUUGAUCAUGUAUGCAGACAGGGAUCCCAAAGAUUAUCUAAUACAUUACGAACGAAUGUUAGAAUUUUUACAAGAGCCAAGCAACCAUAAUAUGAUGGAGGAGGAAUUAACCGGAAGAGGCGUUAAAUGUAUAAAUUUCUACGAUGUUCUGAUUGACUUUAUUUUAUUAGAUGCUUUCGAAGAAAUUGAAAAGCCGCCUUCGUCAAUUAAAGCUAUUUUACAAAACAGAUGGAUAUCCGCUAGUUUUCGUGAAACUGCCAUUGGAACUGCAGUUUGGUCAGUUCUUAUGGGUAAAAGACAAAUGCUGAAAUAUGAUAAAGGAUUUCUGGCCCAUUUUUACUCGAUUUCUGAACAAAUUUCUCCAGUGCUUGUGUGGGGUUUCCUAGGCCCAGAAGGAAGUCUACGUUCUACCUGCCACUAUUUCAGAGAUCAAGUAAUAGAAUUCCUUGUAGAUAUAUUUAAUUUCUUUAAAGUAAGAUAUACUACUGUCGAUAACCUCGCUGAAGAUAUACUUAGGGAAAUGAAAGUAAGAGUCGAAAAUAUAAAUCAAAGACUUUCUCUAGAAGGUUGUUAAUCAUGCAUCAUAAACAUAAGCACUAUAUAGCAGUGUCAAAUAUAUAUAAAAUGUUCCAACAAUCUUUACCAUUUUGUACUUGUUGCAAGUUGUCUGUCCAUAUUUAUGCACAUGUAUAAUGUGCAACUAUUGUAUGAGUUCUAUGAAAGUUGAUAUUAUGAGUAAAAGAUAAUUGAAUUUAUGAUGUAAUAAUAUUUCUUUUAUCUCUUUCACAUUUACAUUAUUUUAUAUAUUUCAAUUCAAAACAUACGUGAAUGUAGGAGUGACUCUUUAUAUAAUUUUAUUUCUUGUAAUAUGUAUAUUGUAUAGAUUAUGUGUAGAUAUUAAUCUCGAUACGCUUUUAAUACAAGAAUUUAGAACAAGAUAUUUAACCCUUUCAGUGCCGACCGAAAGAAUUGUACCUAAGCGAAAAGUACCAAAUCAAUUUGAUGUAAUUUGUAGUUUGAAAAAAAAAAUCAUAAAAAGGAAAGUAAGAAUGAUAUUUACAAAAUUCAAAACGCAAUAUAUUACGAAAUAAAGGGAAAAUAAAUUAAUGCCAAUUGUAUUUCAAUAUUUGUUGAAAAUCAUAUGAAUAAUACUUAUUCAAAAUCAAUAGGAAAAGUGGAAAAAUCAGUUUUUUUUUGUAAACAGUAUUUGCAAAUAAGAAAAAUCAUCGGUUAGUCAUAGUUUGAUGUAGAACGCGUAGUGUAAAGCAUCAAUACUGCAUUCUCAAUUAUCUGUAGCAAAAUUUCUAAUAUCAAAACACAAAACUAAAUGAUAAUCCCAAGAUGCAUAGGAGGAUUACUUGGUCUAAAACAAGUGAGCUAGUAUAACAUCACUAAAAUAACAUUCUAAUAUUAUUAUAAACAUUUAUAGUUAUCUGGCUAUUGAAAAUGUGUGAUAUUUACUUAUUAUUACUCAUACAAAUAAUUUACUUAGCAUUGAUAGUUACUAAUGUAUACAUCGCGUAAUCCUUUAUUGCAUAUAUUACAAAUUGUGCGUGAUCUUCGCAUAGGCCCACAAAAAAUUUUAUUGUUGCUUUGUCGAUGCAAGAUUAUUUUGUGAAACAUAAAGAGAUAUUCUGUUCCAAACAGUGUUAUUUAAAAUCUAUGACGGUCUCAAGCAAAUCUCCCGUAUCGAAUUUUUAUUUUAUAGCACUAGGGUAUACAGUCUUGGUAUCAACCAUCGCGGAAUGUAACAAAAAGUUAAUCUCAUAAACAAUUUUUUCGAUUUAUGAAACAUCUCACACAGUGCUUCUGCAGAAAAAUUCAACCAUUUAUAACGUUUUAUAAAUUUAUUUUGAGAUAAAGUUCUCUCGCGCUGCGAUUAAUAAGGCGCCAUCGCAUACACAACGAUAUAUUAUUUGUUCGGUACUAAAAGGGCUAAAUAUAAUUAUUUUAUUAUAAAAAUGAGUUUUAAUAUAUUGCUAUUAUUUCAAUGUUACGAAAUUGUUUAUAUACUACAAAAUAGUUGUAAUGAUAUAAUGACAAACUAUUUGUAGCAUUUAAAAGUAGUAUGAUGAAAAUAUAUUCCUAAUAUAUUCCAUGAAAUAUUACGAUAUGAUAGUAUGAAGGCACUAAUAAUAAUGUCCUCUUUAUUAAUAAAUUAUUAGAAUAUAUACAGCCUUAAUUAAGAAACUUUUGGAGAAACAUGUUUGUUUAUUUUAUUUCACGUUAUAGAUCUAUUUACGUCAUUUCCUUAUUAUCAAAAUAUAAACCAUAUUUUUUUAUGAUUUCUUAUAAGAAAAAUAAUCGCUUAUAAACAUUAUAUAAAAUACAAAGAAUCCAUUGCCAAAGAUAAGAAUAAUAUCGCUACUGAUAACCCUGUGACCAGUAUGAAUAUGUACUUGUUUCAGUACAGUUAUACUUUACGUUUUGUAUUACCAACAUAGCGUGAAAACAUUCCACUAUUGCAAUUAUUUAAGUGUUACUUCUUGAAAAUCAAUCAUGGAUAACAAAUGCAGCAAAUUUUAUAUACAAAAAAAUAAUAUGCUAUGUAAACAUUGUUCAUUUGCCUUCAUUCAGCCUCGCAUUUUAUACUUCACUUAUACAAAAUGAAUACAUGAUAAAAUAUUCGAGAUACAAGUAUUCUAUCUUAUUCAAGUAUGGUGCAUGAUCUUUUUCUCACUUAUAAUGAAUGUAGUUGAUAUUAAUAAUAAUUCAUUUACAUUUAUUAUUUAUUUCAAAAUCAUUCAAACAUUACGUUCAGUAUGAAUUUUUACCUAGAUGAUAUUAUAUGAAAUAUGUAAAUGUAAUAUACCAUUCUUAUUCUCAUUUUUAUAUUUAUGCGAUAGACUGCACAGCGUAAAAAUAAUAUCUUUAUGUAUAAUGUACAUCAGAGUAUUAUGUAUCAUCGCAUGCAAUUUUACAGCUCAGUCAAUAAACAAUGCAUAUAUGUAAAAAUUUAAGAAACAAAUUUAACUAAUAUGCUGUUCC